UUUUAAUGCGGCAGUUGAUGUAUUCAGGGCGGCUUAGCCGAUGUGCUGUCAUGUUUGACGCUGUUUUUUUUUUUUAAUUUAAAAUAAACUUUAGGCAUUACGUCGCUGCGAAAAGAUGGUUUUAAGUCCAGUAGUCUGACUUAACGUGCGCGUGUCCCUGCUCGUUCUGCAGUGACGUUAAUGCCGUUCACGGUAAACACAGCGGGUCGGCCGGUCGGUCGGGUUUAAAAUGUGAGCGAACUUCGAAAUAAACACCGCGGCUUGGACUUCCCAUUAACUGUAAAACGCCGUGAGUCAUGGCUGAAGUGUGGAGGGACGUGCGGGCGCUGCUGCCCGCCGCUCAGCCGGAGUUCCCUCUGGUCUUCAGCGAGGCGGUUGAAGCGAGUGUGCUGGCCCUGCUGGAGCUGAGCAGAGAGCAGCUGUACCGGGCGUCUGACCCCCGUGCCGAGACCGCCCAGGCCAUCGUCGACUACGCCUGGGAGAAGCUCAACACAGGAACCUGGCGAGAUGUGGAUAAAGAGUGGAGGCGUGUUUACUCCUAUGGGUGCCUCUUCAAAGUUGUUGGGAUGUGUAAUGGAGAUGCAUCUCAAGCCAAGAUCCAAGCGGCCAUAAGCACGUGUGAUAUGGGUUUGCUGAUGGGGGCCUCCAUUAUGGACAAUGUUCUCCAGAGACUCGUGGCUGUUCUGAAAAAUAAAGUGAAGAUGCAGCUUCCCAGCAAAGCGGAAGACCAGCCCUGCCCCAAGAAACUCAAGAGGAACGUUACGCCAGAGCUCCAAAUUGAUGCUGCAGUGUCAGUACCGAGAGUUAAGUGUCCGGCUCUGGAAAGCUUCAGAUCAGAUUUUCUGGUGCCCCAAAAGCCAGUCAUACUGGAAGGAAUAAUUGAACACUGGCCUGCCUUCAGAGAGCACAUGUGGAGCAUAGACUACCUACGAGUAGUGGCAGGCUGCCGCACUGUUCCUGUGGAGCUGGGAUCUAGAUACACUGACGAAGAGUGGUCACAGAAGCUCCUCACAGUAAACGAAUUCAUAGACCGCUAUAUUAUGGAUGAAGCAGCUGCUGGUCUGGGAUACUUGGCUCAGCACCAGUUAUUUGAUCAGGUGCCAGAGCUGAAAGAAGACAUCCGUAUCCCUGACUACUGUUGUCUUGGAGAGGGAGAUGAAGAUGAUAUCACGAUUAAUGCUUGGUUUGGACCAGGCGGGACUGUCUCUCCUCUGCAUCAAGAUCCACAGCAAAACUUUCUGGCUCAGGUGGUUGGGAAGAAAUACAUCCGUCUCUACAGUCUCGAGCAAACAGAAAAUCUGUAUCCGUAUCAGUCUCAGCUCCUGCACAACACCAGCCAGGUGGAUGUCGAGAAUCCAGAUGUGGUGCAGUUUCCAAACUUCAUGAAAGCGUCUUAUCAGGAGUGUGUGCUUCAACCUGGUGAAGUCCUUUUCAUUCCCAAACAGCACUGGCAUUAUGUGCGCUCCUUGCAGCUCAGCUUCUCUGUUAGUUUUUGGUGGUCUUGAUAAUGUGUUCCUAUUAAAUGUUCCAACUUUGUGCUCAGGAUUAAUAAAUACUGUGAGUGCUAAAU